AAUUUUCCAUGUUUGUUUCAUGUUUUCACCGAAGAAAUCAAGCAUAUCCCUCCAUAGGACUGCUCGACAGACAGCUAGCUAGGAAAUCGACUCUUCUGCGAUUUUCAGGGCAGAUUCUGUACCAGAAGACCUUAUCGAAAAGGGUCUUUUAAUCUCUUUCACCUUCACUUCAUAGUAGGUAUAUACUGACGCAGGACAUCUUUACAACCUGGCUGAUGAUGGCUCAAUGCCUUGAUGACAACUUGAAUUUUAGGCAUAUCCUGUAUUCGUGUGGAUUUGAUGCGAAAGAAAUAUAAAUUGACAAUGCCAAGGAAUUCCAUCUCGAGCAAGGCCUGCAAAACAAGUAUAAAUGGGCACCUUGUUGAAGGCACUAUGGCGUAGCAGGUUGUAGUUGGAUCAUUAAGGAUUAUUUUAAUGGCUUCAAACACUAUUAACCAAGGCUUCAUCUUGAUAUUAGUCCUAAUCUUCGCCUGUUUCCAAAUAGCAAUAUCUGGAGAUGCAGAUAUAAUCUCUGAUUUUAUAGUGCCACCAAAUGUCACGAAAGUUGAUGGCAAGUUGUUCACUUUUACUGCUUUACGGUCUCUUGUCGGGGCUAAACCACCAACAUCUUUCACUGCCUCAAAAGUAAGCAUGGCGGAGUUUCCAGCUCUCAAUGGACAAAGUGUUUCUUAUGCAUUUCUACAGUAUCCAGCAGGCACGUUGAACCCUCCUCACACUCAUCCUCGGUCAGCUGAGCUGCUGUUUCUUGUCGAUGGUUGCCUUGAAGUGGGAUUUGUUGACACAGCUAACAAGCUUUUCACACAGACACUCGAAGCUGGGGACAUGUUUGUGUUUCCAAAGGGACUUGUUCACUACCAGUAUAAUAACGAUCCUAAGAAUCUGGCUGUAGCAGUGUCCUCCUUUGGUAGUGCAAGUGCCGGAACCGUGUCAAUUCCAAGCACUCUGUUCACAACUGGCGUUGAUAGUGGGAUUUUGGCAAAGGCUUUCAAGACUGAUGUUGCUACCAUAGAAAAAAUCAAGGCAGGUUUCGCCUAAAGCAGGGAGAUGGAGCUCUAACAUAACCAUGAAUCCCAGUUUUUUCCGUCUUAUUUAUGUACUGAAUAAGUGGUGAU